UCAAAAUGGCCACAUCAUGAAGAAGCAGAGAUGCGUGAGAACAAUCAUUUGGAAGAAAAAUAAGUGUUUUAUUUAGUUUUUAUUAAUUUCAUUACCUAACAAAAUUUAUGUAAACAAUAUUAAUUAACUUUUUAAUUCGGGUUUUUUUAAAAAAAAAAUAUUGUUUUUUAAGGACAACAAAAAAAAUUGUAAUGCGUAAUAGCUUCCGUCAUCGUUAAAAAAAGCAAGUUAUUUUUUCUUUUAUAUCAUAUACUUAUUUAAUUUAUAAUAUUUAGUAAAUUUAAGGAAAAGUUAGCAAACAAAGAUAAGAGAAAAGAAAAACAUGGCGAGUGAUUUCUCAAGCGAAUGCAAUGAGGCAAUGGCAAUUUUGGACGACGAGAAAGAAGAAGGUGAAUUAUCCCUUGAUGAUGUUAGUUCAUCGGAAGAAGGACACAUAAAUUAUCGAUGUAUGGAGAAAUUCCGUGAUGGUCGCUUACAUUCACAUCAUCAGGCUCCUUGUGAAAUUUCUACCAGAUACAUUGGUUCGAAAUUUCCUCACAAAAAAGAUGCAGAGAAGGGGAAGGAGAACCAUCAUCAUCAUAUAAAAGAUACAGGACAUUCAGGAGAUCGACUUACAAGCUCUACACUGCAGGAAAAGAAUGAUGAUCUUAUUCCAAUUUCAAGUGACAGCGACAUGGAACUCGUCGGACUCCCAAAACGUGUUCAUCGUGCAAAAUCGAAUAAAGUUAAAAAAAAGAAAAAAAAACGAAAACCCCACACGUCUGUCAUUGAAAAAGACGACGAAUCAAUUGCCAAUGAAAUUGAUGACAAUUUAACAAUAAUGAAUCUCAAUUCAUCUACAUCAUCGAAAGAAAAUCGUUUACUCAAAACUCAUCAUCAUCACCAUCAUCAUCAUCGUAGUGAAAAAAGUCCAACAUAUAAAAUGAAAAUUUCUCCCAGAAAUCAUAAAUCUUCUCUAAUUGGAAUUCAAUUAUCAGAAGAAAAAAAUAAAUCACCAAUUCAAAGUAGAUCAACAGAGGCGAAGAAACGAUUAAAAAAAUUAAAAACAUCGGAAAAAGAAACUCAUAAAGAUUUAAUAAAUCCACUUUAUAAAAAAAUACGAAAACGUACAUUACCAUCUGAUAUCGUAUCUUCUCCUUCGACUGAUAUUCACGUGACAAGUUUAUUAAAAAAAGUCCGUCAUUAUGGAAAGGUAGGAACAUUGGAAGAUAGUCAAAUUUCCACUAAGACGAAAGAUCAUGGCUCAUCAUUAAAAAAGAAAUUGAAUAUUUUUCUUAAGCCAACAUCAGAGAAUAAUGAUGAUAUUAUUCAAGUAAUUGAAGACGAUUCUGGUAAAAAGAAAAAUGAGAAUGGCGAAGAAGAAGAUGAUUUAAAUAUUUUGAGACAAAAGGCUUUAGAGACGAAACAAAAUAAGAUAAAUAAAAAUCAAGAAGAAGAAGAAAUUAUAGAAAAUUCUAAUAUUGAAAUGGAAGUUAAAAAUAAUUCAACCGAAGCAGAUGUUACAGAAAAUAUCACUAACGAUGAAGAAAUUAAAGGAAAUAUAAAUAAUGAAGAUGACGAUGGUGAUGAUGAAGAUUUAAAAUUACGCUUAAUAGCUCUUCGUUCCGCGGUUUUUAAAAAACAUCGUGAUAGAGUUGCAAAAUUACAAAAAGAUAAGGAAACAAAUCUUCCUCCAAGAUGUGAAAGUCCAUUUAGCGAAAGUUUUAUAAAUAAUAUAUCCCUAGCUGAAGAUAUUGACGUUGAAUGUCCGUCAUAUUCUUCCGAAACGGCAAAAGAUUCUAACAAUAGUAUCGAAGAUAUGGAAUUAGAUUCCGAUAUCGAAAGUGAUAUUGUUCUCGAAAAAGAUAAUAAUUCUCAAAAAAUUAUUAAUUCCGAAAAAGAUGAUUUCUCACCAUCAAAUAAUAUUAAUUUUGACGAAGCACCCUAUUCGCCCACAGACGCUGUGAACAAUGAAUUAAUUUUAGAAGCCGAACAAUUGGGAAUCGAUACCACCGAUGUUUCCUUUAUUAAUAUAAAUAGUAAAAAUUUUUCUAAAUUUGGUUCCUUUUUACCUAUUAAUAAUAAGGAAAAAUCUCCCCCCAUAAGAAAUACUUACAGUACGAUUUCAAAUUCAUCAUCAAAUUCAGAUAUAGGUUUUAGAUCAUUGCCUAAAAAUAAUCAUGAUCGACAUAAUAAUUUCGAAAGACCAUAUUCACCUUCGGAUGCUCCCGUUUUUGAUCCCGACUUAACUGAUUCUUUAUUAACUCCAAGUAACAACGAGACAUUAAACUAUAAAAAUAAUUUAGGUUCCAAUAAUAUUAAUAAUAAUUUCCCAUUGCAUAAUCAAUCUGCAAAGGAGCCCGAAGUUAUAUUAAUUGAUGAUGAUCUUCCCGAGACAGAUAUUGAUGGAAGUCCUUUAGUGCCAAUGGAAAAGGAUUUCAAUAUACACUAUCACAUUCCAGAACAUCUUUCUUAUCAAAUGCUUCAACCAUCUUAUCAGCCUCUUUAUUUAAAUAAUCCACAUCAUGAUAUCCGUGGAAUUCCUGCUUUUAUUCAUAAUCCUCCAGUACCUCAGUCAGUUUUAAGAGUUAGUCAACAAUUACAACAAGAAUCAAAAAUGUCAAGAGAAGCCAAAGAAAUGCCAAUAGAAAAAUUAUACAAAAAUUUACCAGUUCCACCAAUGAAUGUUGAAUUCAUCAAUGAACAUUUUAAUUACAGUCAAUUACAUCCAACACAAAAGAGGCCAAUUAUUGAUUUACUAGCGAUGGAUCAAUUAAGAACAACAACGCGCGAUAUUGAUAAUCAACAAACAAAAGAAAAUUUAUCCAUUAAUUGUCACGAGGAAGAAUCAACUAUCAAUAUUGGUAAAAACAAAAAGAAAUCGAAACAAAAAAGAAAAAGAUCAAAAAGAAAUUUAAAUGAAUUUGAUGAAACCGAUUCCGAAUCAAAUGAAAAUAUAAAAGAGAUCAAAAAUUCAGAAUCCAUUAAACGAAUGAAAACUUCGACUAAUGAAAUACCAACUAUCAACGAAUUAUCAAAUAUUCGUUAUGACAAUAAAACAGGAGAAUGUGUAGAAAAUAAUAUUCGAAUGGAUGUCGAAUAUGUUGUAAGAGAAUGUACUGAAAAUAUUGUAAGAAGAGAUGCAGAAAAUAUUUUAAAAAAUAAUACAGAUAAUACAAAAAAAGAUACCGACAAUAUUGUAAACAAAGAUACGGAAAAAAUUUUGAGAAAAGAAACAGAAAAUAAAAUGAAAUCACAAAUUACUUCAUGUACAGAAAAAGAUGAAACACAAAAGAAUUUAAAUGUAAAUUUAGAAUCGAGAAGAAACAGCAUUGAUGAAGAUGAAGAUGAAUUAAGAGCAAUUUUACUUGCCUCUAUGGGAAAACGUACAAAAUCUCCGAAAAUUAAUAAAACUCCAACUGUAACUAAAUCUAACGAAAUUGCAACGAAUCGAAAUAUUCAAAUGCCAAUUGUUACUUCAACUCCGAAUAAAAGUACUGAAAUUGAUUUGCUCACUAAUGAAGCUUCUGUAAAAAAUGUACCUACUAAAGAAGUUAAUUCAAAAAUUGUACCUGCUAAAGAAACACUUGCAAAGGAUUUAUCUAAUAAAGAAACAUCUGCAAAAGUUUCACCUACAAAAAUUACGCCUAAAGUUUUAUCUACAAAAAUUUUACCUACCAAGAUUUUGCCUGUAAAAAAUUUAUCUUCUAAAGUUUUUCUUCCAAGAGUUAUAUCUACAAAAAUUUUAUCUACUUCAGUUUUACCUGCUAAAGUUUCGUCAACAAAAAUUUUACCUUCUAAAGUCACGCCACAAAAAGUUUUACCUACUAAAGUUGCAUCUCAAAAAAUUUCACCCAGUAAAAUUGCAACUCAAAAAAUUUCACCUUCUAAACUUCCAAUCGCAAAAGUUGUACUUACAAAAUUAACACCCACAAAGGUUGCGUCAACAAAAGUUCUACCAACAAAAACUUUACCAAAUAAAGUAUUAUCAACAAAAAUAACAAUUAACAAUUCCUUAGCAAUUAAUUCAGUUUUAGGCAAAAGAAAAGCAACUACAGUUCCUUUAUCAUCCAACACGCAAAGGAAAUUAGUGAAAAAACCAAUGAUACCAGCCAUGACAAAAGUUGUCAAUAAUGCAAAACGUUAUCAAAAUUCUUUAUUACAAAGGAAACUUAAUUUACAAAAAGCAAUUAUGACAUUUAAUGCAAAAAAAUUAAUUGCAAAUAAAUCAUUGCGUGUAGUAAAUCUUAAUAAUCAAACAAGCCGUUCAAUAAGUCCAAAUGUAUCGUCCGCGAAUAAAUCCGAACGAUUUAUCAUUAAUUUAAAUUCAGAUACGGAAAGUGAUUCAGAGUCAGAAAGACGAAAUACAAUUGUCGCUGUCACAAAUACAAGCAGUGUAGAGAAACAUCCACCUCUCACAAUACCAACCACUGAAUUUGAGAGAAGUGUCGAUCAAUUUCUCCGCGAUGUUCGAAAGAGGCAGGAGACAGCAGCCGCUACUAAACAAUCAACCAAUUCCAGUUUAGCAAAAACUUUAUCUCCCUCAGAAAAUCCAACAAAUGGAAAAAAUGCCUCUGCUACUAUUACACCUUUGGCUGUUCGUCACUUGCCAGUAUCGCAACAAGCAGAAUAUCAUCGUUUGAAGCAACAGAUUGUCGAACGUGAAAAAUUAAAAUUGCAAAGAACAACAACUUCAAGUACUAAUACUGUUAUUCCACCAGAUCCUCCAGCUGUAACCGAAUCAAUAACAUCAACGCCAAAUAUUGUUUCGUCAACAAAUAUUUCUAAAACACCAAUUACAAAAAGUCCAAUUGAUAAUCCAUCGUUAACGAAUUCUCCAGAUUCCACACUUGCACCUCAAGUCAAACCGAAUAUAACAAUUCAAAUAAGUAAUAUUGGAGCAUCGCCUAAAAAAACCGUUACAAUAAGUUCGCCUGUUUCAAAUUUGGUUGAGGAGAAACCAAAGCAGCAGGAGCAGGAGGAGCCCACCUUUCCCAAAUUGAGAAUAUUAACUUGCGAGCAAAUUAAUUUGAAAUUAUUUCAAAUACAAGUCUCGCAAAAAGAUGAGGGAAGGAAAGUCAUCGUUGGUGAUAUAAAUUCACGAAUAAAUGAUAAACAAACUAGUUUAGAUACACAAAAUUUGGAUGAUUCUGUAAUUAUUCUGUCGGAAAUAACGAGUGAUUCUCGAGAAAACAAUAGUGAGACUAGUGUAAACAAACGUAUUGAGACGGAAACUUCAAAUGUUGCCUUAUCAAAAAAUAGUACAACGCUUGCAUGUGAUAAUAAUAUAACUACCACGAUUAAUAAUACUCAUAUAAAUACAUCUGAAAAAGAGGAGAGCAUUUCCGAGGGCCAAGUUUUGAAACAUGUAAAAGACGCUUCAAAAGAAUCAAAUUCAGAAAAAUCAAUUGCCACAAAGGAACCAAUAAAGAAAUCAACUGUAAAGAAACCAAUAGAAAAGGAAUCAACUGCUAAGAAAAAUCUGAUAGCUACGAAAGAAUCGAUUCCUGAAAACGAGACAACUGUCACGAAAAAACCAAUUACUGAAAAGGAAUCGAUGGUUGGAAAAGAAACAAUUGCCGUAGAAGAAGCAAUUGUCACGAAAGAAUCCACUGUUUCGAAACCAGUUGAAUCUGAAAAUAUAGAAUCUAAUUUGAAAGACAAUACUGAUAAAGGUUCUGAAUCGUCUGGCAAGGAAAAGGGUCAGCAAGUGUGGGAUGUAAUUAAAACUAAUGUUCAAACUGAAGUGGAGACAGUAUCGAAAUUAGGAAACGAAGAAAUGAAGAGGAAACUGGUGGAAACAGAACAGGAAUUAGUGGCUAAAAGGUACGAAGUUCUUGACGAUUUGGCCGAAGUGUCAAAAAGUCUUCGACAAUGGGAAUUGGAAAAAGAUUUGCAGUCAAACUUAACUGACGAAGUGAAAAAGCUGAUAGAACAGCUGAAGCAAACCGAGGAGAAGCUCCAAGAACAAAAGGAUAAAGUUACAAAUAUGGGACUAAAGGUGUCAACUGUCCAUGAAAAAAUGAAUAUCGGCAGAAAGGAAUGUUUUCGACUUUCGAAAAUUUGCACAGGUCUUGGAAAUCGUGUUUACGGUCAAAAGUACAAAGUUCCUGAGUCAGGUGUUCAAUUAGUGAAUAACAGACUGAAAGAAGUGGCUCAACACACUAGUCAGCUUUGUAAAAAGAAAAAUGACAAAAGGCGAAGAAUUUCUGUAGCAAGUAAUAGAUCAAGUGGAAAAGAAUCUGAUACUUCAAGUCAAAUGGCAAAAUUAAAUUCAAAUGUGAAAAAUUCCCAAGGCACAAUACAAACGACAAAUCAAGUUACAAAUUCACAUAAUACAACAUUAUUGCAAUCAUGUUAUGAAAAUAUUUCAAGCCCAAUGGAACGACAAAAUUCUUAUGAAUCAAUUUUUAGUUAUGGAAAAGGAAGCAGCGCAAGUAGCAGUUCAAGAACUCAUAGCUCCAGUGAUGUAGUUAGAGAAAUUGAUAAAGAGGAUGAUAAUGCGAUGCCAGAUUCCAGUAAAAAAAUCAUCAAUUCAUCUAGUUCAUUGAGCGACAAUGUUUCACAAUCGCAGGUGAAACAGACUAUUGAAAAUAAAAAAAGUGAGAACAAUAAAACUGUCGAUUCUUCAUCAAGAAUGGAAAAUAAUGAAUCUUCUACGUGCCAUAUUGGAGAAAAAUCCGUUUCAAAUCAAAUUAAUGAUAACCAAAAGAAAAUGAAAACUUUGAGGCCUUAUGUUUCGAUAUUGGAUCAUAUGAAAACUGCAAGGAAUUCAAGAUUAGAUGGAAUUCUUUGCCCAUAUCAAUUAAUGGGAAGUUGUCAAGACGCUGAUUGUCAAUAUGUACAUCAUUCUCCUAGUCAUUAGCAGUCCUAGAGGCUAAAAAAUCAACAUAUUUCCAAUACGUAAGAUUCUGUACCAGACUCGACUAAAAGUGAGAUUUUAGAAGAAAAAUUAAAAAAAAAAUUAAGAGAAUUGUAUUUUGAAAUGUUACCAACUCUAAAAUGGUAAGUUUAUCUUCUUAAAGAAGAUUUUAAUGACUCGUAUUUAUUGUCUACACAACGCAUCAAAUAAGGUGAAAUUUUGUUUUUAAAUAAGUAGUUAUUUUUUUUAUUUAAUUAUUAAUUAUUAAUAAAUUUUUUUUUAUUUCUCCAUUUACUUAAAGAAAAGACAAUCGUGAAAAAUAGGGCAUAAUAUAUUAGUCAAAUGUAAAUAAUAAAUACAAUUUUUUGAUAUAAAAGAUACUUGUGCAUAUUGUGUAUAUAUAUAUAUAUUAUAAGAAAAGAAAAGCGAUUUUUUGUAAAUCGUUAUAAAUGCGUUUCUCGAAAAUAAAAGUGAUUAAUUAUUUUUUUUUACAUGUUACCAAAAUCAUAUUGUAAGCAAGUUGUAAUUGAGUUUGUGUAAUAAAGAUAAUUAUAUUCUUAA